AUGUUGGUGGACAGACUAGCACACGGCCAGCUCCGAGCCAUGAGCCAGUCACGUGGCAGGAUUCUCCAUGCCCGCUCCAUCUAUCUUCACACAGGCCCCCGCGUGGCAGGUCUCCGCAGAGACCCCAAGGAGGCUUUCAAGACCCACCAGGGCGUCGAAUACGGUUCUGAAGAGGCCACCAGCACCAUCAAGCAAUUUCUAGCCAAUUACAGCAUUCCAGAGGAAAUGGCCCGCCAGGUGCUCACGCACAAGUCGUUCGGUAACGGUAUCAAGGCGUACAAUGAAAAACUCGUCGUUAUGGGCCUGAAGGUGCUCAAUCUCUUCUUGGCCAAGCAUGUCAUUGAGCAGCCCACGGAAAACGAAAACGCCAUCAACGGCAAGAACCUUGAUGUCUUGGGCACCCGUGUCUCCAAGGAGCUCGGAAGCAAAACCGCCCUUGGUGUUUUCGCCAAACAGCACAACCUCAACCAGACGAUGUUCUGGAAACUGCACAACCACCAUCUUCUGUUUGAAGCCAGUGGCGAAAUGAAGAUCAGCGCCCACGUCAUGUAUGCGCUUGUAGGAGCUGUGGCGUUCGUCCACGGCAAGAAAAUGGCCGAGCAGUUUGUCCGUGAGAAGCUCUUGACGGGCGAGAAGCUGCUUGAGGCCGUCACGGCGCAGUUGCUCCAGGAGAACCGCGUCUAG